AUGGAACUAGCUGGAAGAGUUCUCGGUCUGGCUCUGCUUCAUCGAUGUCUCAUUGACACCUUCUUCACAAGAACGUUCUACAAAAUGCUCCUUGAGCAGCCAGUUACAGUGCUCGAUCUGCAAGACGUCGAUCCAGAAUUCUAUCACAGUAUGGUCUGGAUACGAGAAAAUCCUAUUGAUCCGUCUCUCGGAAUGACGUUUGUCGUCACUGAGGAAGAGAAUGGCCAGGUUGUUGAGAAGGAGCUUCUUCCGAACGGUGCCGACCUCGAUGUGGCUGACCACAACAAAGAGGAGUUCAUCUCUUUGAUGGUGAAGUGGCGAGUUGAACGAGGCAUCCAGCGACAGUCACGAGCUCUUCUACGGGGAUUGCAUCAGGGUGGUUAUUUCGAUGAGCACGUUGUCAUCGAAUGGUUUUGGGAUCGUGUCGCUCAAAUGACAAAUGCCGAUCGGCUAAAACUGCUUCAGUUUGUCACCGGCACGUCAAGUAUACCAUUCGAAGGAUUUGCGAUGUUACGUGGAAGUAAUGGACCAAAACGAUUUACAAUUGAAAAAUGGGGUGAAGAAUCAGCUCUACCAAGGGCGCAUACGUGUUUCAAUCGCCUUGAUUUGCCGUCGUAUCCGACUCGGCAUAUAUUGAAGGCCAAAUUACAUACUGCCAUCACGGAAGGAAUUAGUUAUGCAAUUGAAUGA